GGGAUGUAGAACAUUUGUCCCUUGCAAGGGCGAGACGCACUCCUCACGCGAAGGUUCACGCAUUGCUCUUCGCAGAUGCACGGCAGUUCAAUCGCCAGACCUUGUCACAGCCGCCAUGAAUGGAUUCACGGCGUCCUCGUCUUUGCGACGACCCCCCGCAUGCGCCAUUUGGUGGAGUGUGGAGCUUGCCCGAGCUCCGUGAGCGGGCGGAAGGAGGUCCAUGGGGGGAGGUGCAGCCAAUUUAGAGUGGAGUUGAAUGUGGUAGAGUUUGAAGAUAGGGUUUGAUAGAGCCAGGAAGUGGGCUUAGGUAAGUUUUUUGGGGACUGCUACUGGGGUCCUCUUGUAGGACGGAGUUUUAGAGGAUCGGAGAGUUUCAGGUGCGUUGAAAGUGAUGAUCAGUAGUGCGAGCGGGGCGCCCGCCGCUGCCGGGGCCCCGGUUGCUACUGCUGCUGGUUCCGAUGAUGCGCCAUUGCCCGCGCUUGAGUGGAAAUUCUCUCAGGUUUUUGGAGAGCGCGCCAUCGGAGAAGAAGUGCAAGAAGUUGACAUUAUCUCGGCCAUUGAGUUCGAUAAAACUGGAGAGCAUUUGGCAACUGGAGACCGAGGUGGACGAGUUGUUCUCUUUGAGAGAACGGAUGGCAGAGAUCAAAGGACACGAAGAGAGUUAGAAAGGGCUGAUUUUGUGGGUCCAAGACAUCCAGAAUAUCGAUACUCAACUGAGUUUCAAAGUCACGAGCCAGAGUUUGAUUAUUUGAAGAGUUUGGAAAUAGAGGAGAAGAUCAAUAAAAUUAGGUGGUGCCAGACUGCUAAUGCUGCUCAGUUCCUACUUUCUACAAAUGACAAAACUAUUAAAUUGUGGAAGGUGACUGAAAAGAAACUGAAACAAGUGAAGAGUCUGAAUCUGGAUUCUGGAGCCAUUCAAAGGAACGGAAAUGCAAUGGCAAAUAGCAUGGUUCUUAACACUAAGGGUUUUGCACCACGCUUGUCGAUGAAUGGAGUAGCUGUGAAUCGACCCAUACCUUUCAUUAGCCCCGAUUUCGCAUUUCCUCCCGGGGGUUUCCCGUCACUUCAUCUUCCCGCGGUAUUGUGGAGCAACGAGACGGCAUUAGUCGCCAGGUGUAGAAAAGUCUACGCUAAUGCUCAUGCGUAUCACAUCAAUUCCAUAUCUAACAACAGUGAUUGUGAGACAUUCAUCUCUGCAGACGAUUUGAGGAUAAAUUUGUGGAACAUUGAAGUUAAUGAUCAAAGUUUCAACAUUGUUGACAUUAAACCAACCAACAUGGAAGAUCUCACAGAGGUGAUAACGUCUGCAGAGUUUCAUCCUAAUCAUUGCAAUAUUUUAGCAUACAGUAGCAGCAAGGGAUCUAUUCGACUCAUUGAUAUGCGCCAAUCAGCCUUGUGUGACCGACACUCGAAAUUGUUUGAGGAGACUGAGCCUCCUGGAGCUAGGUCGUUUUUCACAGAGAUUAUUGCUUCAAUUUCUGAUAUCAAGUUUGCAAGAGGUGGCCGGUACAUUCUGAGUAGGGACUACAUGACUCUCAAGCUGUGGGACGUCAACAUGGAAUCUGUCCCCGUGGCUACGUUCAAAGUUCACGAGCAUUUGCGACCAAAGCUUUACGAUUUAUACGAAAAUGACUCUAUUUUCGACAAGUUUGAGUGUUGUCUUAGUGGCGAUGGCAUGCGUGUAGCUACUGGUUCCUACAGCAACUUGUUUCGGGUGUUCGGGGCAACCUCUGGAAGUGAAGAGGCGUCUACGUUGGAAGCCAGCAAGACUCCAAACAGGCGAGUUAUGGCGACCCCCUCAAAACCUGGAAGUCGACUUGCCAAUCUUGCACGAGGACGGCGUGAUAAUCGUCGGGGUAGUGAAAACCCAGGUCCAGACCUGAAUGGCGGAGUGCAUGACUUUACAUCAAAGCUUCUACACUUAGCAUGGCAUCCAGCAGCCAAUUUAAUCGCGUGUGCUGCAUCCAACAGCUUGUAUAUGUACUACGCUUAAGGUUACUUGUUUGUUCAGUAAAAUUUUCUGCCCACUUAUGUUUGGCUUAAAUUUGUUGCCAUUUGUGCUUCACCUUGUGUUCAUCGUUCUUGUGAGGGAGUUCAUAUCCAAUUACUUUUGGAUUAUCUUACCCGAAACUGGGAUAGAAUAUGCAAGGUUCCUGUAAUUACACAGAUGAAUCAAAGAAGAUGAUUACAGAUU